AUGAAAAAUUAUCCGCCCGUGUAUUUUGUUUUAUGUCCGAACAGGAUUUCAGUUCUUAUAGAAGCAAGUGAAAAUAAGAGCAACAAAAUGAAUUACGGAAAGUUGAGAGUUCUUGGAAUGUUUUCCAAUUCCAUUUCUUUAGCAUUUGGAUAUUUGAAACUGAUAGUUGCUUUCGCCACGGUACUCUUAUACAGCAGUUUGAUUAUGAAAUACAAAGCGGACUUAAACUACAUCAUUGUUCUGAUAUUUACGAUAAUCAUGGAAUCUAUGGCUACUACCGUAUUUGUGACUGGAUAUGAAGGGAAAAAAGUUGUGUACCUAUCUUGGUACAAUUUCACCAGUUAUUUGUUAACCGCUAUGAAACUUGCAAUAGGGUUCAUUUUCGUGUACUUCAGCAAACCUUUGUUGGCGUGCCCAUAUAUUCCUUUACUUUUUGUGGACAUCGUAUUACUCUUUGCCAUGAGGAAGGAACUGAAGGCACAUAAGAAAACAGCCGAAGUGCGAUUUGAAUUCGUAAACCAAUUAGCUGAUCAUGACAACAUUAUCAAAAUCAUGAUCCCAAAUAAAAUGGUUGAAAACGUUGAUGUACAUGGAGUAAAAGCAACGCAUGAUAAGGUGGAAAAGACAGAUCCUGUAAAUUCCGUUGAGAUUGGAACCACUGCUACAGAAUCUUCAGACACGGACAACAUAAUUACUUUGAAGACUGAUAUGUAA